AUGCUGAAGUUUGCGCAGUUCGGCGCUGCACAUGACGAGGUGCCUGGAGCCGAAGAUGGAAUCGACAGAGCUCAGCUGAGAAACAGCUACGAGGAAGCGUUGAAGUCCAUCUCCGAGGGCAAGGCACUGGAAGCGAAGCAACGCCUGAAACACCUCCUUGCUGUUGACAGCAGCGGUGCCCGUGAUCGAUUCUGGAUUCGUAGCUUUAAAGCUCUAUGCUGGCAAAAUCUGGCCGAAGCUGAAGAGCAGCUCGGGCAGUACAAGAAGGCGCUGGCAAGCCUACAACAUGCCGUGAGAGACGUCACCAAGGAGCAUCGCUCUGCAGAUGUACGAAUGCCGUUGCUGCGACGCUUGGCAAACUGCGCGAUGAAGGCCGAAGACUGGCCGGCGGCCACACAGGCCUUGUGCCGAUGUCUUCGUCUGGAGCCUGCUGAUACUGUGCAUCCUGGAAGCACCGAGUCUUGCAUGUGCCGAAAAAUGACCUCUUGA